AUGUCGGCCAAAAGAAAAUUCGAAGAAACAGAAUCGACCGCAACCGUUCACGAAUCUCGCCAGUUUCAGGUUCCUGGUAGCAAGCCUAAACCAGCAAAGAAACCCCGCAACAACGAACAGCCAAUCUACAGAAAGCAAGCCCACGCUUCAAGUGUAAACGCGAUUAAGAAGAGGAUACGGGAUGUUUCGAGGAGACUUGAGCGCGCGGAUGACUUGCCAGCGAACGUCCGUCUGGAUGACGAGCGUGCGCUCGCUGCGUAUGGACAAGAAUUAGCUGCUGCAGAAACAGAGAAGAAUAGACAGAGAAUGAUUAAGAAGUAUCAUAUGGUCCGAUUUUUUGAGCGCCAGAAGGCUACAAGGGUUUUGAAGAAGCUUCGAAAGCGUCUACUUGAAUCUACAUCUGAAGGAGAGGUCCAGCAAUUGAAAACAAAAAUGCACAACGCUGAAGUUGAUCUUAAUUACACCCAAUUCUGCCCUCUCAGUGAGCGAUACGUCAGUCUUUAUCCGCAGUCAAAGGACCGCGAGGAGGAAGACGACACAGCACAUACGAAGCCGACAACGAAGCCUCCUAUAUGGUACGAGGUUGAGAAAUGCAUGGAGGAAGGAACUCUGGUUCGAUUGAGGAAUCGGGACACUAAACAACCACGAACUUCGAAAACACUAGAGUUGAGACCGGCGAAGCCCAGGCCGAAAGCUAUCCCCCCUCCACCGGAUACUUCUGGACUAAACCGGCGAGAGAGGAGAAGUCAACAUCGUGUUCAGGACGAAGUGCGGAAGAAGAAUAAAUCUGCCGGGUUUGAGAAGAACCAACUGUUUGGGGCAAUGCAAAGCGUUCCGAAAAUAACUACGGAUGAUGCAGAUGAUAGUGAUGGAGGCUUUUUCGAAGAUUAG